AUGUCUGGUUUAAGUGGUGCUAGUGGUGCUAGUGGUGCUAGUGGUGCUAGUGGUGCUAGCGGUUUAAGUGGUGCUAGCAAAUUCAUAAAACGUCCAGAUGAUAAAGCUUUAAAACAAAAAAUUGAACAAUUAAAAAUUGAAAUUAAACAAUUGGAUGAACAAAAUAAAGAUCUAAAUGAUAAAAUAUCAAAUUUACAAAUUGAACCAAAAAUUUUAAAUGAAAAAAAUCAAUUAAAUAAUCGAUUAAAAUCUUUAAUUUCUAAACAAUCAAAUUUAAAAAAUGAAAGAAAUUCAAUUAAUGAUCAAAUUAAAUCAAUUGAUAAUUCAAUGAAAAAAAAAAUUUUAGAAAUUCAACAACAAACUUCUAAAAAUAAUUUUAAAAAUGUUGGAGAAAUAGAUUCAAGAAUUAAUUAUUUAGAUAAUUUAAUCGACAGUGGAAAUUUAAAAUUAGCUGAAGAAAGAAAAUUUGUAAAAGAAAUGUCUUCAUUACGUAAAUUAAAAAAAGAUUUUGGUGGUAUUGAAAAAAUUCAACAAUUAAUUGAUGAAGAUAAACUCAAAAUUGUUGAAUUGAAACAAAAAUUAAAUUCAACUCAUAAUAAAGAAUUAAAUAAUCAAUUUGAAUCAAUUCAAAAAAAAUUGGAUGAAAUUAAUUCUUCAAAUAAAUCAAUUACUUCUAAAAGAGAUGGUUUAUAUGAUAAAAGAAAUGAAAUUAAAAAACAAAAAGAUUUAAAAUAUAAUGAAAUUAGACAAUUAAGAAAAGAAUUUGAUGAAAAAUUUGCAAAUUUUAAAAAACAGAUGGAUGAAAAAAGAAAACUAGAAGAAGAAGAAUUUAAAAAGAAACAAUUGGCUGAAAAACAAGAAAAGAAGAAAAAACUUGCUGAAAAAGAAUUAGCUGAUGCUUCAAUCCCUGCUUUUACAACAGAAAUUAAUUCAAUUCAUAAUUUAUUAAGUUAUUUUGAUCCAUCAUAUGUUAAACCAAUUAAGAAUAAAACUCAAACUAAUGGUAAAUUAUCAUCAUCAUCAUCAGCAUCAUCAUCAACUACUAACACUAAUACAAAUUCAAGAACUAUUGAAUUUCCACAAGAUUUUGUAGUUGUUAAAAAAAAACAAGAAGAUUUUUUUUCUGGUUCAAAAGGUAAAAAACAAGCUAAAAAUCUUUCAAAAAAGAAACAAAAUAAAAAUUUUACUGUUGCUCCAGAAAUUGUUGUUGCUUUAAGUGAUUUAACUAUAUCAUUUCCAACGAAAGAAGAAGAUGUUCCUGAAACCAUUAAAGUUUUAAAAGAAACUUUAACUGCACUUGAAGAUAAACAAGAAGAACAAACUAAAACAAAUAUUGAAAGAGCAAGAGCUAGAAUUGCAAAAUUAGAAGACGAAGAAAAUGAAGAUGAUGAAGAAGAAACUGCAGAAGAAACUGCAGAAGCUCAAGACGAAGAAAAAGUUCAGGUUGAAAAUUAG